AUGAUGAAAGUUCCCUCCUUUUCUACUUUUUCCAUUUCCAGUGUCGCAUCAGUAGACAUUACUGAAAAGAGAAACACAACCUCAGACUUUAUUCUCCUAGGAAUCUUUAACCACACAAGACCCCAUCUCUUUAUUUUCAUGAUAGUGCUGACAAUGGCCAUUGCUUCCUUGACAGGAAAUGCCCUCAUGCUUCUCCUGAUUCACCUGGACCCCCGGCUCCACAGGCCCAUGUACUUCCUACUGAGCCAACUUUCCCUCAUGGACAUGAUGCUGGUUUUCACUAUUGUGCCCAAGAUGGCUGCUGACUACUUGACAUGCAACAAAUCCAUCUCCCCUGCUGGCUGUGGGUUGCAGAUCUUUGUCUCACUCACAUUGGGUGGUGGAGAGAGUUUCCUCUUAGCAGCCAUGUCUUAUGAUCGUUAUGUGGCUGUUUGCCAUCCACUGCGAUACCCUGUCCUCUUCAACUGGCAAUUAUGUUUACAAAUGACAUUGGGAUCUUGGUUCCUGGGAGCAGUUGAUGGGCUAAUGCAGGCUGCCGCUACCUUGAGCUUUCCAUUUUGCAGUUCUCAUGUCAUCGAUCAUUUCUUCUGUGAGGCCCCAAUGUUGGUGCGUUUGGCUUGUGCUGACACAUCAGUCUUUGAAAAUGUCAUGUACAUUUGUUGUGUGUUAAUGCUUUUGGUCCCUUUUUCCCUCAUCCUGACUUCCUAUAGUGUAAUCCUCUCCACUGUUCUCCAGAUGCAUUCUCUAGAUGCCCGCAAGAAGGCUCUUGCCACCUGCUCCUCACAUUUGGCUGUGGUGGGACUCUUUUAUGGAGCAGCCAUUUUUAUAUACAUGCGACCCAAAUCCUAUAGGUCAGCUAACCACAAUAAGAUUGUGUCAGCAUUCUACACUAUCUUCACCCCUGUACUGAACCCCCUCAUCUACAGUCUGAGGAACAGUGAGGUCAAGGAAGCCUUGAAAAAGUGGCUGGGAAAAUGCUCAAACUUCAAAUGCCACCAAACUUAG